ACUGUCCGAUCGAUCCCAUCCCUCCUAUAUGGACGCCAUCACAAUCUUCGGCUUGGUCUACUGGCUGAUCUGCAUGAUUUUGUUCGGGCCGUUGAUGUUCUUUGUCUGCGUUUACCUGCCCGAAGUUCCGGUGCGGUAUGUGAAGAGUCUGAGGCAGCAGACGCGAGUGCCUUUCACCCUACUUGACCGCUAACCAGCCGAGUCCAUAGUACAUAGAUUAAGCAAGCCAUAAUUGAAAUGAUAUUGAUGUACAACCGAUCGAUUUGUAAUAAAAGUCUACUCCAAAUGGCAUUAAAA